AUGUAUUUCUCUUUUGAAACAAUUCCAACCUUUGUGUGGGUAUUCAUAGCUAUCUAUAUUAUUUAUUGGAUUAAGAAGCCAAUAAUAAGUAAAAAUGAACCUCCGAUGGUUCCUUAUAAAAUUCCAAUAAUUGGACAUACAUUAGAUUAUUUAUUUAAUACCGAAAAUUUUUUGGCCGAGUGUAGAAAACAAUACGGUGAUCCUUUCAAUAUAUAUGUAUUUGGUCAGGUGAAUACCAUAGUCGGAAACGAAAUUGCUCAUGAAGUUUAUAGGUCCGAUAUUUUUAACCAACACAGCGAAUUACGAGAUGGAGAUUAUCCUGAAACAUUGGAACAAGUAGUCAAAACAGUACGUGAAGGAAUUGCUGCAAAAUUACCUUUAUACACUGGAAGAAUGCAAAAACAACUUAUGAUUUCUAUCAAUAAGGAAAUCGGAGACUGUUCUAAUCCUAAAUUAGUGAAUAAUGAUUUCUCAAGCAUAAUCGCUCGUCCAGUAGCUGAUGUUUUGGUUGGACAGAAAUAUUUGAAACCUAUAUUAGAGAAAAGAUUAAAAGAUAAAGAAACUCUUGAUGAUAAAUAUGAACAACCCCUGGAUAUAAUUGAAUAUCUUUUGAAUAAUCCUGAAUACGAAACAAAAGUUAUUGAUGAUGAUUACUUGAAUAAAAUCUGCGAAUUUUUAUUUAUUAUUGUUGUUGUUUCUAUUCAUACUACUUCUCGUCAUAUUACUUUUGCUCUUUAUGAUUUUGCAGGAAGACCAGAAUUAUGGGAUGAUAUUUAUGAAGAACAAAUAAGAAUCGAUAAAGAAUGUAAUGGAGAAUUAUCACCUCAACAUAUUAGCAAAAUGGUGAAAUUGGAUAAUCCCAUUCCCCAUAGAUUUUUGGAAUCAUACACAUUUAAAAAUGGCAUGACAAUUCCAAAAGGUCGUAUAGUUCAAACUUAUUUAAUGGAUAUUCAUUACAAUACCACAGCAUAUGGACCAGAACCAAGGUCAUUCCUUCCUUAUCAUGGUUUAGAAAAUAAUUUUCCUGCAUCAAAGCCUGAUAAAAAUUAUUUUAUAUUUGGUUCAGGAAAACAUGUUUGUCCUGGAAGAUUUUUUGCUGUAAAUGAAAUUAAAAUUAAUGUGGUCAAAGCUUUUGCUGAUUUUACCAAAGAUUUUGCAUCAAGUCUUGCAAUACCUCUCAUUCUUUCAUUAAUUCAUCCAGAAAUCCAUGCCCAGGCUAUCACUUUACCACUUAGAUUUGGGUGGAAUCCAAUUUCGAAACAUAUGAUUACUUUAAAGAAACAUUUGAAACCUGUAUUAGAGAAAAGAUUGAAAGAUAAAGAAAUUCUUAGUGAUAAAUAUGAACCACCUCUGGAUAUAAUUGAAUAUCUUUUGAAUAAUCUUGAAUAUGAAACAAAAGUUAUUACUGAUGAUUACUUGAAUAAAAUCUGUGAAUUUUUCUUUAUUCUUGUUGUUGUCUCUAUUCACUAUACCUCUCGUACUCUUACUUCUGCUCUUUAUGAUUUUGCAAGAAGACCGGAAUUAUGGGAUGAUAUUUACGUAGAGCAAGUAAAAAUUGAUAAAGAAUGUAAUGGAGAAUUAUCACCUCAACAUAUUAACAAAAUGGUGAAAUUGGAUAGAUGUAUUGUUCAUACUUAUUUAAUGGAUAUUUAUUACAAUACCACAGCAUAUGGACCAGAACCAAGGUCAUUCCUUCCUUAUCAUGGCUUGGAAAAUAAAUUUCCUGCAUCAAAAAUUGAUAAAAAUUAUUUUAUAUUUGUUUCAGGAAAACAUGCUUGCCCUGGAAGAUUUUUUGCUGUAAAUGAAAUUAAAAUUAGUAUGCAUAAUUUAAUUUUAAAUUAUCAUAUUAAGACACCAAGUGGAAGGAUUGAAAAAAAGAUACAUUUUGGAUCUUUUAUUUCGCCAUCAGUUGUUGGAUUAAUUUUCGAGAAUAGAAAAAAAAAAUAG